GACAAGGUAUAAUUAGGCAAUAUAGGUAUUGUGCUUAAUAGGGACGUCCAAGAGAAGUGUUAAUAACAAUAUUGAUGUUUACAAUAUAGUUGUAUUGUGAAUUCAUUCUCACAAGUGAAUCGGUUUAGAGAUGACGCGAUCUGUGUAUAUUGUCCUGUUUGUAAUUUUUGUCACCAUUCAUUCUAGUGUCCAACUGCUAGAAUGCGGGCCUUCAGAAGACGAAGACAACUGCCCAUCUGACUGCUACUCUGACAAGUGCCCGACAAGAGAACAUCAGAACGUUGGAUGUACUGCCUCCAGCGAAUGCGGCACUCCAAGGUGCAAAUGUCACUUCAACACUAGGAGGGCACUAAAUGGCACCUGUAUUAAGACUACAGAUUGUCCUCCAUUUGACUGCGAGCGUCCAAACGAGGAGUACGUAGCAUGCCCACCGUUCUGCCCUUCAGAUGACUGCAGACAGUCAACUCCUGAUGGCAGGUGCCCAAUAUAUGGCCAUAUCUUCAUAGUACUGGAGUGCGAACCGGCCUGCCGCUGCAUUAAAGGAUAUUGGAGAAAGGAAGGCGAAUGUGUACCUUAUGAAGAGUGUCCUCAACAUUCGACAACUCUGCAAAUACUUUACGGCCUUUAAUUUGGAAGAUCUCCAGUUUAUUCAUCAUCGGACAUCUCGCUGAAACUGCAUGGCUGGAUAUAAUCAAAAUAUCAGUAGAGACAUAAUAAUUAAGAAUACCCUGAGAAAUGGUGCAUUUAUGGAAAAUAUACUAAGCUAGCCAUUUCCGAUAUUUUUAAAUAUAAAAUAUACGAUAGAUGCACUAUUUAAUUGUAAGUAACAAUAACCGAACCAUUUCCAGUUGUCAAAUCGCCGAUUUAAAAAUGCGCGGCAUUUUCACGGCUGGUUAUGGUUUGGUUGUCAAAUGGGUCUUAGUUGGCUAACUAUUGUAAUUCCUCAAUGUAGCUAUUAAAAAGCGACUUUUUAAAUCCGAUGUUAUGAUGGUAACCGUAAAUCGUCUCGAAACAUAUAGAAAACUAAUCUUAAAACUUAUUGUAAAUGCUUAUUCGUAGUUAUUUUACUAUGUUAGGUACUGUACCUAUUUUACAUGUAUGUAGCAAUUUUCAAAUAU